AACAUGUACUGUAGGGCUACUAACCACUUCUUGUCUCCCCUGCAGUACAUCAUGCUCUUCCUUGCUUCCGCUUCGAGCUUUAUGCUCGCAUGCAUCUUGCAAGUUGCAGCAGUUCCUCAUCCCGCACCUCCUGCGAUGCGUCGGGCCGACGUUUCGGUUCUUACUCAGAUGACGUCUACCCAGCUGGCUGAUCUGGCACCAUAUACUGAGUUUGCUCGUGCUGCUUAUUGUUCCCCUACUAUCGUAACUGGAUGGCAGUGUGGUCAAGCUUGCGAGGCGGUGCCUGGCUUUGAGGUUUCUCUCACAGGAGGUGAUGGAAACAGUAUCCAAUAUUACUACGUUGGGUACUGGCCAGCAGAAAACUCCGUGGUAGUUGCUCAUCAAGGUACAGAUCCAACUCAACUGGUGUCUGAUCUCACUGAUGCCGAUGUAUUCAUGGAACGCCUGAACCCCACGCUUUUCCCUGGCGUCGGUAGCAGCGUCGAAGUUCACAGCGGAUUUGCCGACGAGCACGCGCUCACUGCGAGCAUCAUCUUGAAUGAGGUGAAGAGCCUGAUCUCUCAAAAUAACGCCGACUCUGUCACGCUGGUAGGACACUCCCUUGGAGGCGCCCUUGCGGAGCUUGAUUGCGUGUUCAUGGCAUUGAACCUUCCCUCUAACAUCGCUAUCAAAGGUGUGACAUAUGGUACACCCCGUGUUGGAAACCCAGCAUGGGCCUCUCUCUUUGAUUCCUUGAUCUCGGACUUCCAACGCAUUAACAAUGAGAAAGACAUUGUCCCGAUCGUCCCGGGGCGCUUCAUGGGCUUCUCACAUGUGCAGGGAGAAGUUCACAUCAUCUCUCCUGCAGACGCGGUUGAGUGCCCAGGUGAUGACGAUGCCACGGAUGCUCGGUGCACAAUCUCGACUGUGCCUGACAUUUUUGAGGGCGAUAUCUUGAAUCACUUAGGUCCAUACCAAGGGAUUUACAUCGGCACGAUUUAUUGCACAUGAUUAUUGAUUGACAUGGACUUGUAUCAU